CUGGACUCUGCCUCCUCUCCAUACACCUCCCCGGUCUUCAUUCAUAUCUCUGCUUUGUUCUUGUUGCUAACCGUAUAUACCUACUCUGAGUGUUCAUCACUGCUUAUCUGUCAGCCUGUUUACCUGCAGGACAUACACGAGAGCACACGCGCUCUGACAUCACCGCCAACAUGGCGACCAAAGCAAUGAUUCCCGUCUUGGUAGCCAUGAUGCUGUUGACGGGCAUGUGCAACACUCUCUUUACAAAGUACCAGGACAUGCAAUGUGUCGCCAACUGUGACGACCCCAACCCGGCCAAACGCAGGAACUUUGAGCAACCAGUCAUUCAAACCCUGCAGAUGUUUGUAGGCGAGUCCGGAUGUUGGCUUGUUGUCUUCGCCUCGUAUGUCUUCUCCCGCUUUGUCAAAAAGUCCUCGAGCACAACGACCUACCGGCCCCUCAGUACCGAGGACGGUCGCGAGCCUCUCUUGCAAGAAGAUGUCGAGGCCCCUGCCGAUGCCACAAAUAUCCCUGCCAAACCAUUCGCCGAUGUGGAGGGUGCUGGAGAGAGACUGCCUCUCAAGGGAUGGAAGAUCCUUCUGCUUGCACUGCCUGCUUGCUGUGACAUCGCCGGAACCACUUUGAUGAACGUAGGCCUGCUAUUCGUUGCAGCCAGUAUAUACCAGAUGACCAGAGGCGCUCUGGUUCUAUUCGUCGGACUCUUCAGUGUAAUCUUUCUCAAAAGACACCUAGAUGCAUUCAAGUGGAGCAGCUUGUUUAUUGUCGUCGCAGGUGUAGCAGUAGUGGGCCUGGCAGGGGCUCUGGAGAACAAGAAGGCUACUGUGCCUGGGACUUCCCCCGGAUCAAACCCACCUGGCAUGGACGAAGUUCGACACCAAAUGGCUCAUAGCACCAUCCACAUGAUUAGGGAAGUUGCAAGAGGCGUCAAAGCUACUGCCCAGGAACACUCGGCAGCGCAGACUAUCGUUGGAAUACUCUUGAUUGCUGGAGCGCAGAUUUUCACGGCAUCGCAGUUCGUUCUCGAAGAGAGCAUCAUGGCCAAGUACGAGCUUGAUCCUCUGGCCACAGUUGGAUGGGAGGGCGUAUUUGGCUUCUCGGUCACCGCCAUCGGCAUGGUGAUAUUACAUUUUGCUGUCGGUCGCACCGAAGCUGGCAGAGGAGGAUACUUUGAUGCAAAGGAGGGACUGAGUCAGGUUUUACAGCACCGUGCUAUCAUGACCAGCAGUCUGUUGACCAUGGUCUCUAUUGGUGGAUUCAACUUCUUCGGGCUCUCAGUCACGCGCACAGUAUCAGCCACGGCACGCAGUACAAUCGACACUUGCCGCACGCUAUUCAUUUGGGUCGUCAGCUUGGGAUUAGGAUGGGAGACAUUCAAAUGGCUUCAAGUGGUUGGCUUUGGACUGCUGGUAUAUGGCACUAUGUUGUUCAACGAGAUCAUCCAGCCACCCGCUGUAGGAUUCUUGCGCAAGAGAAUUACUCUCGAAUCAGAAGGUGACAGAAGAGGAAGGAGCGAAUAGGUAGGUAAAGCGAGAUAGUUGAAGCGGAUUUAUUCUUUCCUGAUAGACUUUAUGCACGUCAUUUUGCACAAAAACGCCGGUCCGCUUC